AUGAUGAAAGAAACAGUAAUGACCUAUGAUCAUCCUGUGGUCUCGGAAGCUGUGAAGGUAAAAGCUGAAACGCCCAAACCGAGUCAACUCCGCGCAGCUAUACCCGCCAUGCACAUAUGCGCCGCGGUAACCUGUUUAGUAUUGAAUAUAUGUAUUCCGGGACUAGGUACUGCUGUUGCUGGAUUUUCAGUAUUUUGUUGUGCCAAUCCAGGUCAAUCCAGUAACGGGAAGGCAGGCACAUGUUGUAUUAAUUUCUGGGUUGGCGUUGUCCAGUUAGCUACCUGCUGGAUUUUUUUCAUUGGUUGGAUAUGGAGCGUGCUUUGGGGAAUUGCCUUCGUUGCCAUGUCAAGUGAAUACAAUCCAGACAAUAGAGCUAUUAUUACGUUGUCAUCCGUAUCUCAACCGUCAUCCGGGUAUGCUACGCCGACGUCUAGCGAAGAGGUGCAGCUAUACCAAGCUGGACUUAAAACAUAUACUUAA